AUGCGACACAUUCGCAUGACUGACGCAUCGGGACUGAGUCACACCGCACAAACCGAGCACGACUACAUCGCUGAGGCGGUCUUUGUCCAUGGCUGCCUCCGAGUUAACGAGGAGAAUUUCUACAUUAACCAGCCGAUUUCUCGAUUACGUAUCGAGAUUCUGCCACCGGUGCAGUUGCUUACAUUUUCACAGGAAGAAAAUGAAGAGGACCUACGCUUAUAUGAACCUGCCAGUUUUGAUCCAUAUGGAGGAGAGCCACGACACUCUACACCUAUCCAUUCUUUUCCGGAAGAAAAGAUAGAUAUCCAUGUGGAGGAUAUACCUGUCGAUAUGAACGAUGCUAUAAGAGCAAAUAUAAUGCAGAUCGUGCGAUACAUUGAAAAGAACAACUAUAGUACAUCACAAGACCGCGUAUGGGAGGAGUUCGGAAUAGCUUUGGGAGUUGGAUCUGGCCUUGGUGCAAAAGUUGGACUUCUAGUUAGUGGAAUGUCUUCCGGCCUAUCGCAAAGUCAAGUAGUUAGUGCCAUAAUGGACGCUAUUUCGGCAUUACGGACAGUCAAUGGUGGAGCAAACUAUCAGCCUUUGGAGGAAAUAGAGCUGGAGGAACUGGUUAACCGCGUACAGGAGGAAGCACCAACAACUGUACUUAAUGAAGAGGAGUCACCUCAACCCUCUACAUCUGGGCAAGUGGAAGAAGAACCAGUGGAACAGACAGUACGAAAAAGAGCUAAAGUGGGAGAUGAUAUUCCAAUGGAGAACAUACAAGCAUCUACCUCUGAAUAUGUUCAUCCGUCAAAAAUACCGAAACAUCUACCAGCAGCAGUGAAAACUCGUUUACGUAGGUUGGAAUACGAGGUGACCAUGACCAGACGUAACUACGAGACUAUGAAAAAGCACAUUUUCACAGAAUAUGAGCAGAAAUUCAACAUUCAUCGCAAUAGCAUGAACAACGAUCCCGUCAAAUAUACGGAGGAUCUUCUACACAGGAGGCAUUGGACGCCUGAGGAAAUAGAGGCAUUUGAUAAAUUCGAUUACAAUUGGCCUAUCAGACAACGGGAUUGGUGGAAGGUGAAAGGCGAUCUGGAACUUAUGGUUAAACUGUACAAGAAAUACGAACAUUCAUUAGAUAUGCUGUAUCAAUUAGGACAAAUACAUAAGAUUGAAUACUUAUUAGCCAUUGUAUUUUUGUUUUUAAUGGGAGGAAGGAGAUCACGUAACCAGUUAAUGGUUAAACGAAAGAAGUCCUAA